AUGAAGACAACAGGCUUUGACAGCAAAACACUGAUUGACAGUGUUAACCUCACUUCUGAGCAGGAAAUGCUGCGCUCCCUGCUCAACCUCACGAAAUUAGCAGUGCCUAGGCCUGCGGCGCUGCCAAGCAGCAGCACCCGGCCCGCCAUCACUGCCCUCUGCAGAAACUACUCGCUGUUCCAGCCUCAAAUAGCCCCCUCACUGUGUAGCCCCACGGGGCUCAGUCCCGUGCAGGAAAGCGUGCGGACAGUGACCAAGUUCUCCUGGGGGAAAGGCAAGAGGAAGAGCGUACACUCAGUACUGGAAAGGUUCUAUCGGCUGCAUUGGGGCAUCUGGAUCCGGCGGAAAGCCGGCUGCCACAAACACUUGUGGAAAAAAAGCCCGCAGCGAAAACGGCGCCUGCGACAGCACGUAUUUUGCAACGCCACCCAAAGCUACCUGCUGGAUAAAAUGGUCGGCAGCUACUGGCGCAAGCCCCGCUACUACGUCAACGACCCCUAUGAGCCUUACCACUCGCGGGAGGAGUUCCACCUCACUGCCAAGAAGCCGCGCCCCUAUUCAUCCCCUGAGCAGAUUUAGCCUCUUCAACUGUCCAAAUAGUUAAACAUAAACCCCUACAGUACUUA